CGCGUCGUUUUCUCCCUCUUUCGAUUCCUCUGCCGGCUGCUGAGGCGACGGUGUUGGCCGGGGCGGCUUGGCCUCUCCUAGUUCAUGAUUUUUUCCUGUUCCUUGAUAAAGAUGGCAGCCAAUAAAGCAAUUCUGAAUAGAUUGGAACAGAAGGGUGCGGAGGCUGAUCAAGUUAUUGAAUACCUUAAGCAGCAAGUUGCUGUGCUAAAGGAGAAAGCAAUUUUACAGGCAACUCUGAGAGAAGAGAAGAAACUUCGUGUUGAAAAUGCUAAACUGAAAAAAGAAAUUGAAGGACUUAAACAAGAGCUUAUCCAGGCAGAAAUUCGUAAUGGAGUGAAACAAAUACCAGUUCCAUCUGGUACAUCAGUUCAAGCUAAUUCUACAUCCAUACCUUCUGAAAAUUUAACACAGUUAGUAUCUACUCCAGUCUUGCCUUCUGGUCCCAAAGGAGAAGAAGAAAAGAAUAAGAAAGAGAAUACAGAAAAAAAAGGAGAGAAGAAGGAAAAGAAGCAGAAACAACCAGCAGUUACAGCCUCUGAUUCCAAACCAAUAGAUGUUUCCCUCCUGGAUCUUCGCAUUGGUUGUAUUCUCACUGCAAAAAAGCAUCCUGAUGCAGAUUCUUUAUAUGUUGAAGAGGUGGAUGUGGGAGAAAAAGCACCAAGAACAGUUGUCAGUGGCUUGGUGAAGUAUGUCCCCCUUGACCAGAUGCAGAAUCGGAUGGUGAUUUUGCUUUGUAACUUGAAGCCUGCAAAGAUGAGAGGAGUGAUAUCUCAGGCAAUGGUAAUGUGUGCCAGUUCACCAGAAAAGGUGGAAAUCUUGGAGCCUCCUAAUGGAUCUGUUCCUGGGGACAGAAUUACUUUUGAGGGAUACUCUGGAGAGCCUGAGAAGGAACUGAAUCCCAAGAAGAAGAUUUGGGAGCAGAUCCAGCCUGACCUCCUCACUAACGAUCAAUGUGUUGCUACAUAUAAAGGAGUCCCCUUUGAGGUGAAAGGGAAGGGUAUCUGUAGGGCUCCAACCAUGUCCAAUAGUGGAAUUAAAUAAAUAAAAUGAAAUUCUAUGCAAUUGAGGAAUGCUUUAAAAAAUUUUGAUUGAAAAUACUGUAA